UAUGUUAAUAUAUUUUGAGGAUAUCAACUCAGCUAUUUUAUCAAAGAAUGAAAUUUUAAAUUGUGAACAAGGACAAACAACCAAUAGAGUACAAUCUUGUGGAGUUUGUCAAAGUGGAACAAUUCAUUCAGCUGAUCGAUUAAGCUGUUAUAAAUGUCCAGAUUAUUGUGCACUUGGAUCAUGUAAACUGAAAUCUGAUUCAAGUAAUCCAGAUGACGCAACUUUCUGUGAAAAAUGUAUUGAACAUUACUUUAUGAAUAAUGGAAAAUGCCAUGAAUGUUUACCUGGCUGCAAAAAGUGUAAUUCUAUUAGCAAGUGUCAAGAUUGUUUAGAAAAUUUUGCUAUAAGAAAAAAUUUUAAUGAUUGUAUUCCUUGCCCUCACAAUUGUGAACAGUGUAAUUGGCUAACAACUACCUUUAGUGUGCAAUGUGAAAUCUGCAAAGCAGGAUAUACUGUCCAGAAUAAAAACUGUGUAGCCUGUGGAUCAUUCUGUAAAUCCUGUAGAUACCUUAAAAGUAAAGGAGUUACUUGCACUACAUGUGACAGCAAUACCUAUCAAGAAACUAAUAAUAACAUAACAACUUGUAAACCUUGCUCUACAUCAAUUACUGGCUGCUCUAAAUGUUCCAAUAAAGAUACUUGCACUGAAUGCAUCUCCAAGUCUUAUGCUUUAACAACAUCUAAACAGUGUGAAAAAUGUAGCUCAGUCCACACUGCCUGCUUAGAAUGUGAAGCACACAGUAAUACUAACAAAUGCUCAAAAUGUAGCAUUGGCUAUUAUUUGAAAGAUGAUUCAUGCUCUCCCUGUCCAAGAAAUUGUCAUUCUUGUAUAGAAACUAACAAUGUUGUAAAAUGUUCAAAGUGUAUGGCUGAGUAUACAGUUGUUGCUAGGGAAGUAUGUGACAAAUGCCCUGAUAACUGUUUGGAGUGUGAAGUCUCUUCUGGCAAUCUCAUUUGUAAAGCUGACAAAUGUAAAGCAAAAUAUACUAGAAAUUCAAACAAUCUUUGUUCAAAGUGUCCUGAAAAAUGUAAUAAGUGCACUUGGAAUUCUGCCAAGUUUCGAGCUGAAUGUACUGGAACAAAUUCUGUUCAUUCUUGUACUGAAAAAGAAAAUGGAAAAUCAUGGACUCUAAGCAGUGAUGGAACUUGUGCAGCUUGCCCUAAUUAUUGUGAUAAGUGCUACUUUGAAAAGAGUACUGCAACAACUCCAAUUUGCUAUGCUUCUAUGUGCCAACAAACAUAUACUUAUGAUGAUUUGACAGGUAUUUGUAUUCCAUGUCCAAUUGGUUGUGAUUACUGUAAGAAAAGGACAGGAGGCUUAACAUGCCUGGAAUGUAGUAGAGGGUUUGCUCCAAAUUAUGGAAAUUCAUCCACUGUUAUUGAAUCCUGUAUGGCUUGUUCAAUUAAUAAUUGUAAAUAUUGUGAAGUGAUAUCCAAUGAGCUAAAAUGUAUAAGGUCACCAUGUACAAAUUCUACAACUGGAAAGUUCUCUUUCAAAACUGGAACCUGUCACGAUCCCCUUGUCAGUGGUACAUCUUUUAGUACUCUUUCUGAUGAAAGUGAUCAUUUCUCUGAUGAUGUAUUAUAUGAUUAUGAUUAUGAGGUUAUUCCUAUGCCUUGUCCUCCGGGAAGUAUAUUGAUAGAUGUUGGGAUUUAUAGGGGACAUUGCAGAAGUUGUGGAUAUAAUUGUGAAGAUUGCCAAUUAAAUAAUCUAAACACUGAUGUUGAAUGUAAAACAUGUAUUGGAAAUACACAGUGGGUCAAUAUAGAAAUAAAUGGAAUGCCAACACGAGGAUGUUAUGAUUGUACUAUAGCCAGACUUCAGUGUACCACAUUUGAAAGAUUUGGUUCUGCUCCAAAUUUUAAAUGUAGAUGUAAAAUAGGUCAUUGUAUGGGAAAUCAAGACAACCCUAAAUUUGUUACAGCCCUUCAAGAUACUAAUGAUGAAUAUAAUAAGUGUCAGGCCUGCUCAGAAAAGUUUCCCAAUGCUCUUGCAUGUUCUACAGAAGAUCCAGACAAUCUAACUGUUCAUAGUUGUGCAACUGGUUUUACAAAGCUUCAAUCAAAUGACAAAGCUUGUUUUAAAAUUGGAGAAUUCUGUUCAAAAUGGACCGACAUUUCAUCAGUUAUCUGUACAGCCUGUGCUUUUGGAUCAUAUUUAUCCUCUGGCGAAUGUUUACCUUGUCCAGAUGGCUGUAGUGAAUGCACUUUUGAAGGAUCAAUAAUUAAUUGUAUCUCUUGUUCAAAUGGAAAAACUGGUAUAGACUGUCAAUCUUCACCAUCUGUUUGUGAUUCAAUAAAUGUAGAAAAUUGCAAUAUCAAAUGGAAUAUAGCUGUAUCUGGCUCAACACCAAAUUGCAAAUGUUUAAGCUGCUCUAACAGCUCCGCAGUUGACAACAUUGUUCCAAAUACAAAGAAUAUUCUUGGAACUUGUACUUCCUCAGGAAUAUCAACAUAUCCUCCAAAUUGCCAACAAGUAAUGCUAGGUACUAAUACAUGCACAAAAUGUACUGGACUCUACUCACUGGUUUAUGGUAUGUGUCUGAAAAUUCAUGAUGAUUGUAAAAGUGGCUUCACUGUUUAUGAAGUGUAUGCAAGAAGAUGCUUUGUUCCUAAGCCAGAUUUUGUUUUAACAAAAUUUGGUCUUGAAAAUGUCAGUAAAAGCAGAUAUGGAGGUCGACAUUGUACAGGAUAUGUUUUAACAGGAGGACAAUCAAACUAUUAUAGCAGAUGCUCUGGCUGUGCAGCUGGAUAUGUUUUAGACUCUUCAAAUCCUUAUCAAUAUAUUUGUUGGGAAUGCAAUAUAUUGACUCUGCUUCAUUGUUCACAUGCUGUUGUAGACAAUCAUGUAUGCAAAUGUGGGAGAUGCACUGCUGAUGGAGGAGGUAAACAUUACCUCAAACAUCCAACUCAUGCAGGAUGCAUGGAAAUUGCUGAUAUAUCAGAAUGUAAUGAUUAUACACUAAAGAAAAAAGCAGGAACAUAUAUUUCAGUAUGUAAUGAAUGUUCUGAAGGUAAUAUUGUUUCUAAAGAUGGUCAAUCAUGCCUAAGUUGCGGUACUUGUACAAAUGGAAUACAUCAGUUAAAUUCUAUUGGAGAUGCCUGUGAAUGCACUUGCUCAAAUGCUACAUUAAUGAAUUCUAAUUCAAAUGGUUGUAUUAAUUGUACUAAUCAAAUUGCCAACUGUAAAGUCUAUGAAUUGGAUAAUGAUAUCUGUACUUGCUCUGAAUGUUUAGCUGGUCAUCUAAAGAAAAGCAAUACAGAAUGUAACAAUUGUGAAAGUGAUAUCACAUGCAAUGGUGGAACAGCACAGCUUAAUUCAGGUGGAGAUGCAUGUGAAUGCAUAUGUUCAAAUACUACUUUUAUGAACUCAAAUUCAAAUGGUUGUAUUAAUUGUACUAAUCAAAUUGCCAACUGUAAAGUCUAUGAAUUGGAUAAUGAUGUCUGUAAAUGCUCUGAAUGUUUAGCUGGUCAUGUAAAGAAAAGCAAUACAGAAUAUGGAGAUGCAUGUGAAUGCAUAUGUUCAAAUAAUACCUUUAUGAACUCAAAUUCUAAUGGUUGUGUUAAUUGUACAAAUCAAAUUGCCAACUGUGAAGUUUAUGAAUUGGAUAAUGAUGUCUGUAAAUGUUCUGAAUGUUCUGCUAAUUAUAUACUGAAACGCAAUUCAGAAUGUGUUGAAUGUCCAAGUGAAUUAAUUUGUAAUGGUGGAACAAAGAGACUAAAUUCAGGUGGAAAUUCAUGUGAAUGUACCUGCUCAAAUAACGCUUUGAUUAAUUUCAAUUUAAAUGGUUGUAUUAACUGUUCAACUAAUGAGAUUUCAAACUGUAAAAUCUUUGAUUUAGUUAAUGACAUUUGUACAUGUUCUGAAUGUUUGUCUAAUUAUGAAUUACAAGGGAACUCAGAAUGCAUAUACAAUACACCUGGUGGAGGUGGAGAAACCAUUGCUAAUUGUUUAGAAUAUACAAGAGCAGCUGGAUUAUCAACUAUUUCUGAAUGUACAAAAUGUAUAGCUGGUUGGGCCCUAGAAGAAGCUUCCUCUACAUCAACUUCAAAAUGUCACCAAUGCCAACUUGGAUGUGAAAUAUGUACUGUUGAUACAUCUUCAACACUUACAACAGUUAACAGGUGUACUGCUUGCUCAAGAAGCUAUGCAAUUAACAAUGUAGGAGCAUGUAUACAAUGUCCAUACAAUUGUGAUGAAUGUAGAGUUGAUCCAGAAAAUCAAAAUAAUGCUAUUUGCCUCUCUUUUGGAUGCACUUCAGGAGCUUUGAAUGAUGCAGAUUUUAGUUGUCAAUCCUGUUCUAUUGCCAAUUGUGCAAUUUGUGUACAACAAAUUAAUGGAUUAUUUAAAUGUUUAAAAUGCAAUCGAGGUUUUUAUAAGGAUCAUGAUGGAAUAUGUCAAGCAUGUACAGAAAACUGUCCUUUUUGUUUUGAUGAUCAAAGUUGUAUACCUGAUGGUUGUGAUGAAGGUUUUAUUAGGCAUAGAACUGAGGGUACCUGUCUGCCUUGCAUUGGAGAUGGAGUAGCAAGAUGUUCAUUUCAAACAGCUACAUCCAAUAUACUAAUACCAGAAACUUGUAAGAUUGGUUUCAGACUAAACUUAUCAACUCACCCACCUUUGUGUGAAAGAUGUGAUCCAAAUUGUAAAAUAUGUAUUGUUAAUGGGGCUACUAAAUGUGAUGAUCAGCAAUGUAACUCUGGUUAUUUCUAUGACUCAAUUGAUCAAAAAUGUUAUAGAGAGAAAGCCAGGUGUGAGAAAUCUAUUCGAAUUUGUCCAAGUGGAUGUAGUGCUUGUUCAUUAGUUGAUGAUAAGGUCCAAUGCACAGCUUGUAUACCAAGUUAUGGAUUGAGAGAAGGAUUAUGUGAAAAAUGUAACUCUGAUAAAUGCCAAAACUGUAAAAUUCCUCCUGGAGAAUCUUCAAUGGUUUGUUCAUCAUGUUUAGAGAAAUAUUACCUAAAUGCUGAUGAUUGUGGAAAAUGUCCAAGUUAUUGCAAAGAAUGCACUCACAAUGGAAAUUAUCAAUGUAAAACAUGUAUGAAAAGAUAUGGUAGAUCACCUGAUGGAACUUGUAUUCCUUGUCCACCAAACUGUCAAACAUGUAUUGCCAAUAGCAAUCAUAUUAGUAAAUGUACUAAAUGUAUAUCUAAUGAAUUUUCCCUUCAAAGUGAUGGAAAAUGCAUACCUUGCUCAUCAGCUACAUUUACAAAUUGUGCAACAUGCACAUCAGAAUCAUUCAAUAGAAAGGCUGUUUGUAAAUCAUGUCAAACUGGUUUUUCUUUGAGUGAUGAUGAAGAAAGUUGCAUCUCUUGUUCAAUAAGUAAAUGCUCUGUAUGCAUUCAUGGUAAUAUAUGUUCUAAAUGUAAAUCUGGUUUCUACUUAAUGAAUUAUAAUAGAGAAUGUGCUCAAAAAUGUUAUAAAUGCAAAGGAAAUCAAGCUGAUUGUGGAAAUGAGAUUUCCAAUAGUAACAAUAAUACAUCUAAAAUGGAAAUUAUUGAUUGUUCCAUUGGAGAUUGUUGGGCAUAUAGAACUGAAACUUCUGAUAAGAUAGAAUAUAUCAGAGGAUGUUCAAAUGAAACUUGCACUUCAGAAGCAACAAAUGAAAUUUGCAAGACUGCAAAUGGAAAGACAGAAUGUGAAAAGUGUUGUCAGGGUGACAAAUGCAAUACUUGGGAAUUAGAUGGAAAAGCAGGAGUCGAAAAGACUAAUUAUACAUUUCAAUUUAUUGCCAUAUCUAUUAUCUUUUCUAUCCUUUUCUCAAAAAUUUAAAAUUUUACUGUAAUUGUUUUAAAUUUUGUAGUAGACCAAUCAUUAAUGUAAUAACAAUGAGAGUCAUACAAUAAAUAUGAUUGGUG